UUUCAGUUUCUAAUUUAAUUCUUCCAUUGUGACGAAAAAUGUCGAAAAAAGACCGCCGCCGGGUAUUUUUCGAUGUAACAAUUGAUGGCAACCUUGCGGGUCGCAUUGUAAUUGAAUUGUAUAAUGACAUAGCACCACGGACGUGUAAUAAUUUCCUGAUGCUUUGUACUGGUAUGGCUGGUACUGGUAAAAUUAGUGGCAAACCUUUGCACUAUAAAGGAUCAACAUUUCAUCGUGUCAUCAAGAAUUUCAUGAUUCAGGGAGGUGAUUUUACGAAAGGUGACGGUACCGGUGGGGAAUCAAUUUAUGGUGGUAUGUUUGAUGAUGAGGAAUUCGUCAUGAAGCAUGAUGAACCGUUCCUUGUGUCAAUGGCGAAUAAAGGACCUAAUACGAAUGGCUCACAAUUUUUCAUUACUACAACACCUGCGCCACAUCUCAAUAAUAUCCAUGUGGUAUUUGGUAAGGUUGUUUCUGGACAAGAAGUUGUAACUAAAAUCGAAUAUUUGAAAACUAAUUCCAAGAAUCGCCCACUAGCUGAUGUUGUAAUACUUAAUUGUGGUGAACUUGUUCGACGGAAAAAGCGACAGCAUUCUUCUAGAUCAAGUGAAUCGGUCAGUUCUUCUGCAUCAGCUGAAAAAAGUCACAAGAAGACAAAAAAGGCAAAAAUGAAAGAAAAGAAACGGAAAGAGAGUGAUGAGGUGGAACAUUUGGAAAUUGGCACUGUUCCGGAAGCAGAACUUCAGCUAUCAAGUGUAAAGCCAGAAGAUCUGCCUGAAGAACCGGAACACCAAAAUAAGUAUCUUAUGAGACGAUCAAAAACACCGGAAAGUUCGAAAAAAGAAAAGAAAGAAAAACCACGGCAAUCACCUCAGCGUUUUUCGCGUCGCGAUAUUGGUCAGCGUUUGAAUCGUAUGCGGAGAACACGAACUGGACACAAAAUAAAGGGGCGCGGUGCACUUCGAUUUCGAACUCCAGAGGGCAGUAGUGACCACGAUGGAAGUCGUACUCCUCCUCAUUGGAGACGUGAACAGAAUCGUGUAAUAACACUUGACGAAUUACAUCGCAUGCAAGAGAAAAGGAAGGCGUAUGAGCUUGAAGACCUUGAGAAUCCGAAAAAUGAUGUCGAUAAAGGAAAAGCUGAUGUUUCAUUAAAUACAUCGGAGAAAACUGAAAACAAGGAAGAAAGGUAUCGCGGUAGAUCCGAAAGGAAGGAAAAUCGGCGUGAGCGAAGUAGGCACACAGGGCGACGGUCACCAGAAUAUAUAGCACAACAUUUCACAAAGGAAAAGGCUCACCAUAAAAUUGAUGAGACUGGGGAUAAUGAAGAUGUGAAACGGACGAGAAAGGAUCGACGAGGACGAGCAGUUGAAAAAGAGGAAGUCGAGGCUAAUGGUGAAAAAACUGAUGCAGUAGAUGAAUUAAAUUUGGAUGAGCCAACAGUGGAAGUUACAUUGGACAGUGCUGAAGAUAUUAGAGACAGCGAUGAUGAAGCCAUCAGGAUCCAUUUAUUGAAGGCAAAAGAAAGGGCAGAAGAGAAAGCGAAACAUGAAUCGAAGAUGAGUGAAAAGAUUGGUGAUAAUGAAGACCGCAAUCGAAAAACGAUUCCUGGCGAAAAACAGAAGGACAGUAUUGAAAAAGGUGAACAUCAUCGAGAGCAUAAAAAUGAUGAACGUGAAAAGCGAGAUGGUGACGGACAAGAUAGAAACCAAAUUACAGAAGCCGAUACAGGAAGUAAACGACAUCGACGAGCAAGCGGUAACAAGGAUCACAAGGGAACAGCAGAGCGAAAGCAUAGGAGCCGAAGCGUCGAAGAAAAUAGAAGACGGAGUGCUAGUCACGAGAAACUCAACGAUUUAAAGCGAAAUGAAACUUCAGGCCAAAAAAGUCAAAUUGACAGUGAACGAACUGCAGAAACAAAAGCAAAUCAGACCGAUUCCAACAGGAAUGAUAAUUCGAGGAAGUCAAUGAACGGAAAGUUGCAGGAAGUUAGUUCAACUAAUAAGGCGAAUGAAGAAAUUUCAAAGGAGAAAAGUUUGAAAACGGAGCCGACAAAACCAGAAGAAAUCGAACAGCAGACAAACGAAGUUUCCAGAAAACGAAGAAGUGGCGAAAAGCCGAAAGAACUGAAACGGAGUGAAAGAAGUCGCAGUCGAAGACACCGAAGCAGGAGUAGUAUUCGUAGGCGACGAAGUUCGAGCCGUCGUUCAAGAUCACGUGAUCGCCGCCCUAAGUCACGAUCUCGAUCGAGAGGUUAUGCGCGUCGGUUUGAAGGGUGGUCUCGCACUCGCCGGCCAACUAGACGAGAAUUGUACGAUGAGCGCAUGCGUCGGGAGCGUGAACGACGUCGAAGCUAUGACAGGUAUUCGGACAGAAGACGCACAAGAAGUCGAAGUGCUCGACGGGAUAGUGAUCGGUACUCGAGGCGUAGCCGAAAACGUUCACCAUCUUCUUCAAGUAGUAGCAGUGAAAGUUCAUCAAGCGGUUCCCGGAGCACUACAAGUAGCAGUACAUCAUCAAAGCGUUCGAGCAGUUCAGAUUCGAGCCGAAGUUCUCAGAGCAGAAGCUCGAAUUAGUUGAUUUUAACUUGUUUUGCGAUGCAUUUAUUGCAUGUUUCGCUAAAUUUUACUUGUUAUAUGUGAAAGAAUUUUAAAGCAAAGAUAAAAGAACAUGGUAAUUUCUAAAAUAUAAGUUACGUUGG